UGCCAUUAGCCGCCUCUCAACUUUUCCUCCAUUUUAGACCCCACAAAACUAAGCACAAAAAACACCUGCGCCUUAGAUUCUCUUCCAUCUCUCUCUCUCUCUCUCUCUCUCUCUCUCACUCGCUCAUGGAAGACUAUGGUGUCCCCUCCCCCCUACGGCCAUCUUCUUCCCAUCUCCCACUGUUCUCAGCCAACACGAUGACUCCCCAACCAGUCUUUGCCAAACACCACACCAACAACUCCAGCGGUCUCUUGGGUUGGAAGGAGGCGGCAAAGGCUCGGGUUUUAGAUGAUCAUGGGAUUCCUCGCAGGGAGAUCUUAAUUGGGUCAGAGGGUGAGCAAAACCCAGCUAAGAAGAAGGGUGAGAAGAAGGUAAGAACGCCUCGCUAUGCUUUCCAAACAAGAAGCCACGUUGAUAUACUCGAUGAUGGAUUCCGCUGGAGGAAGUAUGGCCAGAAGGCUGUAAAGAACAACAAAUUUCCACGAAGCUAUUAUCGAUGCACACAUCAAGGUUGCGAUGUAAAGAAGCAAAUUCAACGUCUAUCAAAGGAUGAAGGGAUUGUGGUGACCACCUAUGAGGGGAUGCAUACUCAUCCCGUAGAGAAAUCCAAUGACAACUUUGAACAUAUUUUGAACCAAUGGCAAAUUUACUCUAGCUAAGGCUUGGCUGUUAAAUUUAGCAUAAACUUGUACAAGUAAUGAGCUUUCAUGUAAGUGUUUUCGCUGGCAUUUCAUGCACCAGAGGCAGAUAUACUGAUCAGUUGAUGUACAUAUUUUAUCAAUGGGAUGUUGAGAGUGUUGAUCUUGGUCAUGCGUGUAGAUAAUGUGAAGAGUUGUUCUAUGUGCCA